CACACUGCACAGGAGGACGAUGCCUUGCGCCGUGUGCAUGUCGGUGAGGCGGGCGGCCCAGCUCACCAUGCCGGCCCGGGACGACUGUCCGGCCGGCUGGACUCUGGAGUACCGCGGCCACCUCAUGUCAUCACACUACAAACGCUCCAGAACACAGUUUAUAUGUGUGGACGGCGAGGCGGAGGGCUCUGAGCGCUCUUCCAGGUUACGGAAGUCCUCCCGCCUGGUUCCCGUGGAGGUGCGGUGCAGCCGGGAGGACCAGAACGGGUCCUUACCGUGCGGAACGUAUAAGGACGGCCACGAGCUUACGUGCGCCGUAUGUACAGCGUAGAGUAGGAUAAGCGUCUUUCCUUUUACUAGAUAGGUGCUACCUCUACAGGUGUAAGCCACGUUUAUACAUGGGGGAUUUGAAACAUACUUUGUUCAACUAGACUUCGCUGUUUAACAUUCCUAAAACCGGACUCUAUGUCCCUUCAUGGAGUCUAAAUUCGGCCAACAUGUAAGAUGUACAUGUAAGAUAUGUAGUGCGCAUUGAAUGAUUAUGUAAGUUCUUUUACUAUUAUACUAGAUAUAUGUAAUUAAAUUUCUAUAGAUAUUAAUCUUUAUGAUUAGACUAUGUUGAUUCGAAUACAGUAUAUGGA